AUGGAUUUCCUUCACUGGAAUGGCAUUCUUAUGAUUCAACAUUUGCAGAAAGACUAUUGGGCUUAUCAUGAUUUUCUUAAUUUCAUGUCCAAUGUGGGAGAUUCUCAUUAUAUAUUUUCAGUUUAUUUCCCACUAUGGUUUCAACUUAAUCAGACAGUUGGAACUAAGAUGAUAAUAUGGAUAGUUGUCAUUGGGGACUGGUUCAACCUUAUAUUUAAAUGGAUUUUAUUUGGACAUCACCCCUAUUGGUAGGUCCAAGAAACUCAGAUCUAUACAAAUCACUCAGGUCCAUGACUUUAACAAUUUCCAACAACAUGUGAAACUGGUCCAGGAUGUCUAUCAGGUCAUGCCAUGGGAUCAUCUUGUGUCUGGUAUGUAAUGGUAACAGCUACACUGAGCUACACUGUGGGUCAAAUAGAUAAAUCAUCAGUGUCUCUGCACAGAUCAUCUUUGGAUGAACUUACCUGGUCGUUUCUUUGGAGGGUUUUUUGGUUGAUUCAAAUCAGUGUCUGCAUCUCCAGAGUAUUAAUAGCAACACAUUUUCCUCAUCAAGUUGUUCUUGGAGUAAUUGGUGAUGUGCUUGUGGCAGAAGUAUUUGAACAUACACCUGGAAUCCAAACAGCAAGUUUGGGAACAUAUAUCAAGACCAAUAUUUUUCUGUUUCUUUUUGCCCUUGGCUUUUACCUUUUCCUUAAACUUCUUGACAUUGAUCUCCUGUGGUCUGUCCCCAAAGCCAAGAAAUAGUGUGCCAAUCCAGACUGGAUCCACAUUGAUACAACUCCAUUUGCUGGCCUGGUGAGAAACCUGGGGUUUCUCUUUGGAUUGGGUUUUGCAAUCAAUUUUGGAGGGAAGGACAGUUACAAGCUGAAUUUCAAAUUGCUUUGCAUGAUGACUUCACUGACCCUCCUGCAGCUAUACAACUUUGUUAAGAUCCCAACACAUGCUGAAUAUUUGUUUUACGUCUUAUCUUUCUGUAAAAGUGCAUCCAUUCCAUUGGCUGCGGUUGCUGUGAUUCCUUACUGCAUAUAUGUGUUAAUGAGGCCAAGGGGAAAGAAGAUUUAUUAG